AUGAAAGAUUUUCUGACUAGUAAAAGGGCUUUUAAUGAGGUAGAGACUGUAGAUUUCACUAAAGAAUGUAGUGCUUUACUACAAAAUAAAUCUCCACCAAAAUUAAAGGACCCUGGAAGUUUUUCUAUACCUUGUCAUAUUGGUAAUGUCUUCAUAGAUAAAGCUUUAUGUGAUUUGGGUGCCAGUGUUAGUGUCAUGCCAUCGUCUAUUUGUGCAAAACUUAAUAUGGGUGACUUAAAAGUGACUAACAUUACCCUACAAAUGGCAGAUCGUUCUGUUAAAUAUCCCUUAGGUAUUUUAGAGGACGUUCCUGUUAGAGUGGGAAAAUUUUAUAUCCCCGUUGAUUUUGUAGUUUUGGACAUGGCUGAGGAUACGCAAAUUCCUAUAAUUUUAGGGAGACCUUUUCUCCACACUGCAGGAGCUAUUAUUGAUGUGAAAAAUGGAAAACUAACCCUUUCUGUAGGAGAUGAUAAUAUUACUUUUAAUUUAGGGAAGGUUUUAAAAGGUCCUAUGAUUAAGGAAGAUUGCUCUAGUAUUGAAGUUAUUGAUGUGAUUGACAUUAUUUGUGAAGAUAGCUUACCACAGGUUCUUGCAAGAGAUCCCUUGGAGGAAAGCAAAGAAGUGGAUUCUAUAGAGGCAGCUCUCUCCCUUGAAGAGCUUGGCCCUAAAGAAAAUUUGAAGGAAUUACACCCAGUGAUCAUCAGUACUGCACUUGAUGAACCACAGAUUUCCCAACUCUUAACGGAGAACCACAAGCCAUGUAUUCAACCUCAGAGAAGGUUGAAUCCUAAUAUGCAAGAAGUAGUUAAGAAAGAGGUGAUGAAAUUACUUGAUGCAGAGGGAGUAGUUCUUGGUCAUAUCGUAUCUGAUAAAGGUAUACAAGUUGAUAAAACUAAGAUUUCUAUGAUUGAGCAAUUGCCUCCACCAGUUAAUGUUAAGGGGGUUAGAAGUUUCUUAGGCCAUGCGGGAUUUUAUCGCCGUUUCAUCAAAGAUUUUUCUAAAAUUGCUAAACCACUAACUCAGCUUUUGUUGAAGGAUGCCCCUUUUGAUUUUACUAAUGAGUGUCUUGAGUCUUUUAACAGGAUUAAGCAAGCUCUAAUAUCAGCACCUAUCAUAUGUGCUCCCGAUUGGAAUUUACCUUUUGAGAUUAUGUGUGAUGCUAGUGAUUUUGCAGUUGGAGCCGUGUUAGGACAAAGAAAGAACAAAGUUCUACAUGUUGUUUAUUAUGCUAGUAAAACUUUGGAUGAAGCCCAAGUCAAUUAUGCUACCACAGAGAAGGAGUUUCUUGCUGCAGAAACAAAGCCUAGGCUUCUCCGUUGGGUUCUCUUGCUCCAAGACUUUGAUGUGGAAAUUAAAGAUAAAAAGGGAGCAGAGAAUGUUGUAGCAGAUCACUUGUCUAGGAUCAGAUAUGAUGGUGGUAAAUAUUCUCUCCCUAUAGACGAUUCCUUUCCUGAUGAUCACUUGUUCUCAGUUGUAGAGCAACACCCUUGGUGUGUUCCCGAAUGGGAAGUCCACGGAGUACUCACUAGCUGCCACAAUUCCCCCUAUGGUGGACAUCAUGGCCCUGCUAAGAUAGUCGCCAAGAUAAACGAGUCAGGAUUUUAUUGGCCUACCAUGUUCAAGGAUGCUCAGGCCUUUGUCAUAGCUUGUGAUUCCUGCCAGAGGACUGGAAACAUCUCGCGGCGGCAUGAGAUGCCCCAAACAAGUAUCUUAGAAGUUGAAAUUUUUGAUGUUUGGGGUAUUGAUUAUAUGGGUCCCUUUCCCUCCUCAAAAGGGAAUCGUUAUAUACUUGUUGUCGUUGAUUAUGUCUCUAAGUGGGUAGAAGUCGUUGCCACACCAACCAAUGAUUCCAAAGUGGUUCACAAAUUAUUUAAGAAAAUCAUCUUUCCUAGAUUUGGAGUCCCUAGAGCCGUAAUUAGUGAUGGAGGAUCUCACUUUCAUGAGAGGAAGUUAGACACCCUUCUGAAAAAGUACGGAGUAUACCAUAGAACAGAUUUAGCCUACCAUCCCCAAACUAGUGGGCAAGUAGAGGUUUCAAACCGUGAAAUUAAAGCUAUUCUGCAGAAAGUGGUAGCAAAGUCUAGGAAGGAUUGGAGUGAUAAGUUAGAUGACACCCUUUGGGCAUAUAGAACUGCAUUUAAGACCCCUAUUGGAAAGUUGAAGUCAAGGUGGUCAGGUCCUUUCACUGUUAAAAGGACAAAUAAAUUCGGUUCUGUUGAAUUAUAUGAUGAUCGUGGUGGUCUAUUUAAGGUAAAUGGUCAACGAUUGAAAUUCUAUCACGACGGGGCUACGAUAGAGUGGUUAGUCAGAGUCGACAGGGAGUACAUCCCUGUUUUCCCCCUCCCUAACCCUGAGUUGACAGCUUUUCCCCCUGGGCAAGAGUCGUAUACCUACGACAUUCUACUUGCUCACGCACGGGGUUUGCCCCGGCAUCCACCACGUGCCUCACCUCGUCCACCAUCACCUCCACAGCCUCACUAUGAGGCACCACCACCUCCACCUCAGGUACCUCGACCCCGACCCACACCAGAUUCCGAGACUAUUUGGGAUUUACAGAGUAUAGGUCAGGCCAUAGGCAGGGUAGAGCAGUCCCAAGGUGACCAGAGGCGGAUGGUUGGCUCUAUUGACCAACGGUUAGGGUAUGUUGAGAGGAACCAAGGUAGAGCCCUUUAUCCUAUGUAUGAUGAUUAUGCUCGUCGGGGUGCUAUUCCCGAUAAUGUUGUUUACCUUGACUGGGGGGAUGUUCACCCUAACUAUUUUGGUGGCGGUUCUUCUGGUGGUGCAGGUGGAAGUGGCGGUGGGUCUGGCCAGAUGGAUGAAGAUGGAGAUGAUUAG